CUGUUAGACAAGUUGGGGAGGCUCUCCUUUGGCAGACCAGCUCUUGCUCUGCCUCUGUGGCAAAGGAUCAUAUCUACCAAGAAGAAUAACAAUGGCUGGCAGUUCAGAAAAUACAGAGGGCAUCCUUGUUAUCUAUGAAGAAGCUGCUGAGGAAUGGGCUCUGUAUUUAAAAUCAAUUUUCAAGCACAUUGUAUUAGAAGACAGGAUCUUACUUUACGACUUAGAAGCUGCAUCGAUUCACCAUUCAGAAGUGCCACUUCUUUGCUCUUACAAAUGCAAACUGUUGAUAAUAUCAAACGGUCUUUUAAAGGGCCUGGAUGUGAAAAAAAGAUAUUUUCUGAACAAGAUUCUUCAGCCACCUGAAAGGGUGGCCAUUUUGCUUUGUGGGGUAGAAGAUUCAGCCCUUAUCUAUCAGACACUGAAUAUAGACAAAUGCUACCAAUUGAUGACUACGGAUCAAGGGCCGGAAGAUUAUCUUGCUGUUAUAUGUGAUAUUAUUCAACAAGGUGCACAUGAUCCCUUAUCUUCGGACUUCGAAAGGAGCUUGAGGCUAAAUGAUGGAAGUGUGGAAACUGAGGAGGUGACGGAGAUGGUGGGAAGGCCAGAGGUGUUAGUGUUGCCAAAAAGGAUACCAUGCGAGUGCCCUGGAGAGAUGUUCGUUAUUUUAAGAGAUGAUGUUCCCGGAGAUUCGGUGGUCAUUGAAUUUAUAACAGAAAAUGAAUGGAUCAGGAUUGAACCAGAUUUUUGGAAUCAGAAAGUCAGGUUCAUCAAAGCUCUAGAUUUUCCUGCUGGCUUUGUAAAUGUAAAUAUCUACUGUGGAGGAGACAUUAAAGCCACAGUGCAGAUUGAAUACUACUCAACAGUGGAAGAGCUUGAGCAGAUGCUUCAGAAAGUGGCUGAUCCAAUUGCAUUUACCUGUCAGGCUUUCAAGUUUUCAUCAGCAGAGAAAAUGGAUAACGUUCUCACACUCUUGCUAAAGAGUUCAAUCAUUUCUCAUGAUUUUAGCAGCUUUCCAAAUGAAGUCAUGGAUCACGACCAGGAAACUGAUUCACAGUUGGAGGAACUUCCCACUCUUCUCCAUUGUGCAGCUAAAUUUGGAUUAAAGAAACUUGCUGGACUUCUUCUCCAAGAUCCCAAAGUCAUUCAAGCAUGUAGAAUUACUAACAAGUAUGGAGAAAACCCAGCUCACGUUGCAAAAAAGUAUGGCCAGAAGGGCAUUUGGAAGGUCCUUAAAGAGUUGCCAAUAAGUGAAGACAAAAACACAAGGGAUGAGAAGGAAAUAAAAGCUGAGGAUGACAUUUAUGUGUCCAUGAUGAGAUCAGAUUCUCAUUCUAAUGGACUUGGCAGCCCAAGCAUAGAAGAACCACCUGGAGCCUGUUUGGAAAUCCAGAAGAAGAAAGGGAUGAAUGCUGAUGCAGAACUGAAAGAAUAUAAUGAGGAAGGAAUGGUCGAAAUAGAAGAAGGAAAUAAAUUAGAAGAAAAUACUUGUCACUUGAGAAAUAGCUUGUAUAGUAGCAUACUUAAGGAUGUCCCAGAAGCAAAGAGUGAAAAUGUCAGCUUCUCAGAGGGGCCACCCUUGCCACCCCGAAAUCAAUUUCUUGCCAGUAAACAAGCUGAUUUUUUCUACUUGUAUUCAGCCUUGAAUAAAGUGGAAGGCCAAGUGGAAAAUAAGGGGACAGAGAGAGAGCCUGAGAUAGAUGGUUUUUCUGAUGAAAGAGAUGAGGAAGAUCCAUACACUUCUGCUGUGGUAAAUGAUGGUGUGUAUGAUGCUAUUAUGGAGAACAGACUUCAAGAGCAAAGGAAAGAUGGCAGAUCCUUUAUUAUGCAUCGGCCGCCUGCACCUGCCCCGCGUCCUUUGUCUGCUGCUGUGAAAGAGGAGGGCACUUCUUACAUAGCUCAAGUCUUUCAGCAAAAGGUGACUAGGACUCAUGCUGGUAAUGAGAAGCUGUUGAAUGCUGUCAGGAAACUAGAUAGAAGUUAUGAGGACAAGGUCACAUACACCACUGUCAAGCCCAAUAUCCCACCAAGGCAGGAAGAACGCAUCUUAAUCCAACAGCAACUGAAAAAGGGAAACAGUCCCAUGGAUGAAAUGCAGAAACUCAAGCUCUGGCAAAUGCAUACAAGUAGAAUGGAACCCACUCAGCAGGUGGAGGAGUAUUUCAAGGAGCAACUCAAUACAGAUGAAGCAAAUGGACUGUAAAUUCCUUUACAGCAAGGAUCAUCAAACUGUGAAUAAAGUCCUUCAAUCAAUUGUGGGAAAGUUGUUAAGGAAAUAACUGAACUUUGAUAGCACUGGUGUCUUGAUUUAUGGAUAAGAAUUUAUCUGGACAGCCUUUGGUUUAUUCUGACAUGUAUUCAUUCUGACAGCUGUUGCAGGAACCUAGAAAACACCCUGGCAGGCCUCUAUAGGGACUAUUCCCCAAUAAAGAGAGAGGAUAAAUUCUUUUGGACUUGGAUUUUUUUUCAUAGUUAUG